AUGUAUUACCUGGCUCUUGCACCGAACUUCCUGUGUCAUGCCAUUAAAACAUUAAUCCUUGCCUAUUUGGCCUCAGUGUUGUUGGCUGCCUCGCAGGGCAUUUUCCCAAGGCUGGAGAACGUGGGUGCUUUCAAGAAGGUAUCCACUGUGCCGACCCACGCCACAUGUGGAUUCCCAGGCCCCAGCACCUUUUGUCUUAGCACAGUGGCUGCGGAGCGUGUACAAUUGUGUACCGAGAGGCUGUGUAUCCAGGACUGCCCCUACCGCUCUGCCUCUCCUCCCUAUACUGCCCUCCUGGAAGGCCUCCGGAGCUGCAUCCCCAUAGACAACACUGAUCUCCACCCUUACUCCAGAUUCCACUCCAUGAGCUUCAUAUUCGGAAGUCACAAGAACUGCCCCUCUCUACGUGCUCCGAGGCUGGCAGCAGAAUUUACCUUAGCGGUAUGGUUGAAGCCUGAGCAAGAAGGCACGAUGUGUGUGAUAGAAAAGACAGUGGAUGGAAAGAUUGUGUUCAAAGUUACAAUAUCUGAGAAAGAGACCAUGUUUUAUUAUCACACAGUAAAUGGUUUGCAGCCUCCAAUAAAAGUAAUGACACCAGGGAGAAUUCUUAUGAAGAAAUGGAUUCAUCUCAGUGUGCAGGUGCAUCAGACAAAAAUCAGCUUCUUUGUGGAUGGUUUGGAGGAAAACAGUACCGCAUUUGAAACCAGAACUCUCCGUGAUUCAAUUACAGACUCAGCCUCCAGCACUGUACAAAUAGGACAGAGUUUAAAUGGUUCAGAGCAGUUUGUUGGAAGAAUGCAAGAUUUUCGAUUCUACAAUGUGUCACUUACAAACAGAGAGAUUCUAGAACUCUUUUCUGGAGACCUUCCUCACUUGCACAUCCAGCCACACUGCCGAUGUCCAGGCAGCCACCCCCGUGUCCAUCCCUCCGUUCAGCAGUACUGCAUUCCCAAUGGUGCGGAAGACACACCCCAGCAUCAAGUGCCACGGCUGAAUCCUGACGCCCACCCUCUUUCCUUCAUCAAUGAUGACAAUGUUGCUACUUCAUGGAUCUCUCAUGUGUUUACAAACAUUACACAGCUCAAUCAAGGAGUGGUCAUUUCUAUAGACUUGGAAAAUGGACAGUACCAGGUGUUUCAAAUCGUCAUUCAGCUCUCCAGACCACAGCCUGUGGCAAUACAGAUCCAGAGGAAGAAGGCAGACAGCUCUCCCUGGGAGGACUGGCAGUAUUUUGCCAGAAAUUGCAGUGUUUGGGGAAUGGAGGACAAUGGAGAUUUGGAAAAUCCUGAUUCUGUCAAUUGUCUCCAGUUUCCUGAUUUUAACCCGUUUUCCCAUGGUAACAUCACCUUUGACCUUCUGACAUCUGGAGAGAAGCAUCGUCCUGGGUACAAUGCCUUUUAUAACAGCUCAGCACUUCAAGAAUUCAUGAAAGCCACUCAAAUAAGGCUGCACUUGCGUGGACAGUACUAUCCAGCUGGGCACACUGUUGACUCAAGACACAGAUACUAUGCAGUGGAUGAGAUUAUCAUCACUGGGAGAUGCCAAUGCCACGGCCAUGCCAAGACCUGUGACAGAACCAGACGACCUUACAGAUGUCUGUGCUCUCCACACAGCUUCACUGAAGGGUCUCAGUGUGAUCGAUGCUCCCCUCUUUAUAAUGACAAGCCUUUCCGCAGUGGUGACAAUGCUCAUGCAUUCAACUGUAAGCCUUGUCAGUGUCAUGGCCAUGCCAGCAGCUGCCAUUAUGAUGCUUCCAUGGACCCGUUUCCCCUGGAGCACAACAGAGGCGGUGGAGGAGUCUGUGAUGACUGUCAGCAUCACACAACAGGGAGAAAUUGUGAGUCAUGCCAGGAUUACUUUUACCGACCCUUUGGUGUGGAUCCUGCUGCCCUGGAUGUUUGCAAGCGCUGUGACUGUAACAGGGCCGGGACUAGAAACGGCAGCCUCCUUUGUGACCCGGUUGGAGGCCAAUGUGAUUGCAAGAGACAUGUGUCUGGCAGACAGUGCCUUCGGUGCCAGGAUGGAUUCUAUGACCUGCAGGCGCUGGAUCCUGAUGGCUGCCGUCCCUGUAACUGUAAUCCCUCUGGGACUGUGGAUGGAGACAUUACCUGUCACCAAAAUUCAGGCCAGUGCUCGUGCAAAGCAAACGUUAUUGGGCUUAGAUGCAAUCGCUGCAAUUUCGGAUUUAAAUUCCUCCAGAGUUUUAAUGGUGAUGGAUGCGAGCCCUGCCAAUGUAACCUCCAUGGCUCGGUGAACCAACUCUGCGAUCCACUUUCUGGGCAGUGUGCAUGCAAGAAGGAAGCCAAAGGACUUAAGUGUGACGCUUGCAGAGAACACUUUUAUGGGUUGCCCUGGAGUGUUUGUAAGGUUUGUGACUGCAGCAGGGCUGGCUCCCAGCCUGGGACCGUCUGUGAUGCUGAGACAGGGCAGUGCAUUUGUAAGCCCAAUGUUGGAGGGAGACAAUGUAGUCAGUGCAAGGAAGGAUACUUCAACCUACAUCAGAAUGAUUCCUACCUCUGUUUGCCUUGUAACUGUGAGAAGACGGGGACGGUAAAUGGCUCUCUGCUGUGUGACAAGUCAUCUGGGCAGUGUCCUUGCAAAUUAGGGGUAACUGGUCGGCGUUGCCACCAGUGCAAGCCUCACAGGUUCAAUCUGACAAUUGGCAAUCCUCAAGGGUGUCAGGCGUGUGAGUGUGACUCCUUGGGGACAUUACCUGGAAGCGUUUGUGACCCCAUCAGUGGCCAGUGCCUAUGUCUACCUCGUCGACAAGGAAGACAGUGUGAGCUGUGUCAGCCAGGCUUUUACAGUUCUCCUGGCAAUGCCACUGGCUGCCUGCCAUGCUCAUGCCACAUAGUUGGUGCUGUGAGCCACAUCUGUAAUAGUGUCACCGGGCAGUGCUCUUGCCGUGAUCCCUUCACCACUGGGCGGAGCUGUCACCAGUGUCAAGACCAUUACUUUGGAUUUGAUCCCGAGAAAGGGAGAUGCCAGCCUUGUCAUUGUCAUCUAGCAGGAGCCUCGAAUGAAACAUGUGAUGCGGUCACAGGCCAGUGUUUCUGCAAGGAAUUUGUCACUGGCUCAAAAUGUGAUGUUUGUGUCCCUGGGGCAAGUCAUUUGGAUAUCAACAAUCUAUUAGGCUGCAGCAAAACUCCGUCCCAGCAACCUCCACCCAGAGGAUGGGUUCAAAGUUCUUCUGCCAUCAAUCUCUCCUGGAGUCCACCUGAUUUCCCCAAUGCCCACUGGCUGACAUACAGUCUGUUCAGGGAUGGGUCUGAGAUCUACACAACGGAAGAUCAACACCCAUACCAUACUCAGUACUUCUUAGACACUAGUCUGUCACCACACACAGCAUAUUCAUAUUCUAUAGAGACCUCCAAUGUGCACAGUUCAACAAGAAGCGUACCUGUCACUUUUAAGACAAAGCCAGAGGUCUCAGAAGGAUAUUUGAACUUGACUCACAUCAUUCCUGUUGCCUCGGACUCCAUUACACUUACCUGGUCUGGACUCUCCAACCACUCUGGUACUGUAGAGAAAUAUGUUUUAUCAUGCACACCUGUGGACAGCACUGAACUCUGUGUCUCCUAUGAAGGUCCAGAAACCUCAGCUACCAUCUGGAAUUUGGUUCCAUUCACCCAGUACUGUUUUUCUGUACAGGGCUGUACUAAUGGGGGAUGUUUAUACAGCUUGCCUAUUGUAGUAACCACAGCCGAAGCAUCUCCCCAAAGGCAGGGGCCACCUACAGUAUGGAAAAUCAGUCCCACAGAACUCAGAGUAGAAUGGUCUCCACCAGUGGAUCCAAAUGGUAUAAUUAUAAGAUAUGAGUUAUACAUGAAGAGACGGUCAUCCACUGAAGAAAGUCUAGUGUUUGAGAGUCAUGGUUUGAUCAGUUCUCACUCAGCUUCACAGUCAGCCAAUCAGAGUGAGAACAUGCUCCAGCAUCCCCAAGUCCACAUAUCCAUCUCUGGCUUGGAGCCACACACAGAAUAUGCAUUUAGGGUCUUGGCUGUGAAUAUGGCUGGCAGUGUGUCAUCUGCCUGGGCCUCAGAAAGAACAGGAAAAUCAGCGCCCAUGUUCAUGGCCCCUCCUUCCGUCUAUCCACUCUCACCACACUCCCUCAAUGUCUCUUGGGAGAAGCCUGCAGAAAACUUUACAAAAGGAGAAAUUAUAGGGUACAAGAUCAGCAUGGUUUCUGAAUAUUCCCCUCUACAAGAUGUUCCCAUCAUGUGUUCAAAGCUGGUGCAUUUUGCUAAGUCCCAAGACAAGUCUUACAUCAUAAAGGGACUCGAGCCUUACAGACUCUACAGCUUUGCUGUUUCCAUCUGCAAUUCAGUGAGCUGUGUAACCAGUGCUUUGGGAUCGGGACAAACCCUAGCAGCAGCUCCUGCUCAGCUAAGGUCUCCCGUGGUGACAGGAGUUAACAGUACUACAGUCCUUAUCAGGUGGCUUCCUCCUGCAGAAGUCAAUGGCCCACCUCCUUUGUACCAUCUAGAAAGGAGGGAGUCCUUCCUCCCAGCUGCCAUGGCUGCUACAACAAAGGGAACCCGCUUCGUGGGAGAUGGUUACUGCAGAUUUCCCAGAACAGCUCACCCAGAUUUUAUAGGCAUCAAGGCCAGUUUCCGGACAAGGGUGCCUGAAGGGCUGAUCCUCCUGGCACUGUCCCCUCACAACCAGGAAGAGUAUUUCGCCCUUCAGUUGAAGAAUGGCCGUCCCUACUUUCUUUACAAUCCCCAGGGAUCACUAGUGGAGGUUACCACAACUGAUGAUCAUAAUCAAAGAUACAGUGACGGACAUUGGCAUGAAAUCAUAGCGAUUAGACAUCAGGCUUUUGGCCAGAUCACUCUUGAUGGGCAGUACACAGGCUCCUCGACUUCUCUGAAUGGAAGCUCCAUGACAGGAGGCUACACAGGACUGUUUGUGGGUGGGCUGCCACAAGGUCAUGCCAUCCUUCAGAAAAGGCUUGAGAUAAUGCAAAGAGGCUUUGUGGGCUGCCUCAAAGAUGUAUCCAUCACAAAGAGUUACAGCCCCUCUGGGAUGUGGCUACCUUUGGAUUGGCAGAGCUCUGAAGAGCAGGUCAAUGUAUAUCACAGCUGGGAGGGGUGCCCCACCAACCUAGAAGAAGGAGUUCAGUUCCUGGGAGCAGGAUUCCUGGAGCUUCGCUCAGAUACGUUUCACUCUGCGAAGGACUUUGAGAUCUCCCUGAAGUUUCAAACAGAACAACAAAAUGGAUUGCUUCUUUUCGUUCAUAAUACAGAGGGGCCAGAUUUUCUUGCUAUGGAGCUGAAGAGUGGCCUGCUGAGCUUCAGGUUAAAUUCCAGCCUUAUCUUGACACAAGUGGAUCUCAGCCUGGGACUGGCCUAUUGUGAUAGAAAGUGGAACACAAUCCGUAUCAAAAAGGAAGGCUCUACGGUGUCAGUUGGUGUGAAUGAACUUACAAAGAACACCUCACAGGCUGGAGGCCAGCCUCUGCUGGUGAAUUCACCUGUCUAUCUGGGCGGGAUCCCACAGGAGUUGCAGGACUCCUACGCACAUUUGACUCUGGAGCAAGGGUUCCGUGGCUGCGUGAAGGAAGUUGCAUUUACACGGGGUAUUGUCGUUAACUUGGCAUCUGUGUCCAGCCGUGCUGUCAGAGUCAAUCAGGAUGGAUGCCUAUCAAGUGACAGUACUGUUAACUGUGGGGGAAAUGACUCCAUCCUGGUUUAUCGGGGAAGCCAGCAGAGUGUUUACGAGAGCGGUCUCCAACCCCUUACAGAAUACCUGUAUCGGGUCACAGCCUCACACGAAGGAGGUUCCAUAACGAGUGAUUGGAUUCGGGGAUGCACAUUGGGCACAGCUCCACAGAGUGUGCCAACUCCCUCAAGAGCCCAGAGCAUAAAUGGAUCCAGCGUUGAGGUGGCCUGGGAUGAACCCGCUGUGGUUAAUGGUGUCCUGGAGAAGUAUGUUCUGAAAGCCUACAAUGAGGACAGAUCCCAGCCCCGCAUACCCUCUGCCAGCACUGAGCUUAAUGACACCAACAACCGCUCAGGUAAAGGAGAUGCCUUAGACAUAUCGACAGGACCCCAUCCCUUCCACAGCUAUGCAGUAACCCUGACUGCUUGUUCUAGGGUGGGCUGCACCGAAAGCUCACAUGAAUUGAGCAUCUCCACUCCACAAGAAGCACCUCAGGAGGUCCAGGCACCAGUCGUCACCGUGGCCUUUCCCAAUUCCUUGUCAUUCUUCUGGAGUCCACCCAGACAAGCAAAUGGGAUUAUUACACAGUACUCCCUAUACGUGGAUGGGAGGCUGGUCUACACAGGCAAGGGACAGAGCUACACAGUCACAGAUUUAAGAGUAUUCACGACCCACAAGAUUAUUGUUGGUGCAUGCACACAUGUGGGGUGCACAAACAGCACCCAAGUCAUCCUGCACACAGCACAGCUGCCACCAGAGCGAGUGGAUGCCCCAGGUUUGGCUGUCCUGGAUUCUAGAACUAUACAUGUACAGUGGAAACAACCAAGGCAACUAAAUGGAAUUCUGGAGCGCUACAUAUUAUAUACUCUGAAUCCUACACGUACCUCCACCGUGUGGAAUGUUGUCUACAACAGCACAGAAAACCUCCAGGCUCACGUGCUCCACCGCCUUUUCCCUGGGUGUCUAUACCUCAUCAAGCUGGGAGUGUGUACCAGUGGGGACUGCACAACAAGUGAACCCAGCCAGGCCCUGAUGGCCGAGGCAGUUCCAGAAGGUGUGCCAGCCCCCAGGGUCCACUCAUACUCACCAGACUCUUUUAACAUCUCCUGGACAGAACCUGAGUAUCCGAAUGGGGUGAUCACAACAUAUGCAUUAUAUCUAGAUGAUGCUCUGAUUCACAAUUCUUCAGAACUCAGCUGCCAUGCCUAUGGAUUUGAUCCUGGGAGCUUACACACCUUCCGAGUUCAAGCAUGCACGGUGAAGGGCUGUGCUCUGGGCCCAUUGGUAGAAAAUCGGACCCUAGAAGCUCCUCCGGAAGGUGUGGUCAACUUACUCGUAACACCUGAGGGAUCCCGGGAAGCCUACGUGAGAUGGGAUGGUCCUCCUCACCCUAAUGGGCGCUUAACCUACUCAGUCCUUUUUACUGGAAGUUUCUAUGCAGAUCGAGCAGGCAACAACUACACCCUUCUCAGUGGUACAAAAACCAUCUGCAACAUUGGAGGAAAGCGGCUCUGGGUGCUGGUGGACGGACUGGUUCCCUUCUCCCACUACACAGUACAAGUGAAUGCUUCAAACAGCCAAGGGAGCGUGCUCAGUGACCGUGUCUCUGUUGAAAUGCCUCCCGGGGCUCCAGAUGGCCUGCUGUCUCCCAGGCUUGCAGCUGCCACUCCAACCAGUCUUCAGGUUGUCUGGUCUACACCAGCUCGCAACAACGCUCCGGGCUCUCCCAGAUACCAGCUCCAGAUGAGGCCUGGCCCCUCCACCCACGGCCUUCUAGAAUUAUUCCCCGUUCCUUCUGCAUCGUUAAGUUAUGAAGUGACUGAUCUCCAGCCGUUCACAGUGUAUGAGUUUCGGUUGGUUGCCACCAAUGGCUUUGGCAGUGCGUACAGUGCUUGGACUCCGCUCAUGACUACAGAGGACAAGCCCGGACCUAUAGAUGCACCAGUUCUUCUAAAUGUGAAAUCCAGGAUGAUGUCAGUCGUCUGGCGGCAGCCUGCAAAGUGCAAUGGGGCCAUUACCCAUUAUAACAUUUACCAGCAUGGCCGUCUCUACUUAACAGUCUCUGGAAGUGUCACUAACUGCACUGUGCUCCGUCUGCAGCCUCGCACGGCCUAUCACUUCCAGGUAGAAGCCUGUACCUCCAAAGGGUGCUCUAAGUCACCGGCAUCUGAGACUGUGUGGACACUCCCGGGAAAUCCAGAAGGCAUCCCAAGCCCAGAGUUGUUCCCAUACACUCCAACAUCGAUCAUAGUAUGUUGGCAACCCCCGGCACAAUUUGAUGGCUUGAUUGAGAAUGUUACACUCGAGAGACGAGUCAAAGGGAAAGAGGAAGUCAGGAACCUGGUGACCCUCCCAAGAAGUCAAGCCAUGAAGUUUAUAGAUAAUGACCCUGCCCUCCACCCUUGGACACACUAUGAAUACCGGGUUCUGUGGAGCGCACUUAAUGGAGGCGCAAACAACAGCUCAUGGGUAGAAGUAACCACAAGACCCUGCCGUCCUUCCAGAGUGCAGCCACCCACGGUGCGUGUGCUGGGACCAGAUAUAGUCGAGGUCACUUGGAAAGCCCCACUUAUCCAGAACGGAGACAUUCUGAGCUAUCAUAUCAGAAUGCCGGACCCUCUCAUCAAAAUAACCAAUGUGACCUCAACUGUAUUGUGUCAUCGGAUCAAGCAUCUCAUUCCUUUCACUAACUAUUCAGUAACCAUCGUUGCUUGCUCUGGAGGUAACGGGUAUCAAGGCGGGUGCACGGAGAGCCUACCUACCUUUGCUACUACCCACCCGGCCCUGCCUCAGGAACUAGCCCCAUUGUCUGUGGUUCUUCUAAGUGAAUCUUAUGCUGGGAUUUCUUGGCAGCCACCAUCCAAACCAAAUGGACCAAAUUUGAGAUACGAGCUUCUGAGACGUAAAAUCCAGCAGCCACUUGCUUCAAAUCCCCCAGAAGAUUUAAAUCUGUGGCACAAUAUUUAUUCAGGAACUCGGUGGUUUUACAAAGAUAAGGGUCUUAGCAGGUUCACGACGUACGAAUAUAAGCUCUUUGUACACAACAGCGUGGGCUUUACACCAAGCCAGGAAGUGACAGUCACCACCUUAGCAGGCUCUCCAGAGAGAGGAGCCAUGGUCACUGCAAGGAUCCUCAAUCACACAGCCAUAGAAGUGCGAUGGACAAAACCAACUCUUCAAGAUCUACAAGGUGAUGUGGAAUAUUACACACUGUUUUGGAAUUCUGGGACCUCGGAGGAAUCUCUGAAAAUCUUCCCAGAUGUAGACUUUCACGUCAUUGGCCACUUAGCUCCGAAUGUGGAGUACCAGGUUGUCCUCUUGGUUUUCAAUGGAGUCCAUGCAAUCAACAGCACGGUGGUGCAGGUGACCACACGGGAGGAGGAGCCUCAGGGCAUGGUUCCCCCAGAGGUUGUCAUCAUCAACAGUACAGCUGUACGUGUCAUCUGGACAUCUCCUUCAAACACAAAUGCCGUUGUCACCGAGUCUUCUGUCUAUGUAAAUAAUAAGCUCUACAAGACUGGAACGGAUGCGCCCGGGUCGUUUGUUCUGGAAGACCUGUCUCCCUUCACUCUCUAUGACAUUCAGGUGGAAGUCUGUACAAAAGACGCCUGUGUGAAAAGCAAUGGAACCCAAGUCAGCACAGCGGAAGAUACUCCAAGUGACAUUUCAAUACCUAUAAUCCAUGAUAUUACUUCAAGAUCCCUUCAAAUAGAUUGGACAACACCAACAAAUCCAAAUGGUAUCAUUCUCCAGUAUGACGUUUUACGGAAAACAUGGCGCCCAUGCUCUGAAACCCAGAAGUUAACAGACAAAGCCAGUGAUGAGCUUUGCAAAGCAAUCAAGUGCCAAUACCCUGGAAAUAUCUGUGGACACACUUGCUACUCUCCAGGAACUAAGGUAUGUUGUGGCAGGCUCCUGUAUGACCGUCAGCCUGGAUACAUGUGCUGUGAAGAGAAAUACAUCGCACUCCUUCCGAAUGCCACUGAAGUUUGUUGUGGAGGACGAAUGCAGGAGGCACAGCCAGACCACCAGUGCUGCUUUGGGCAUUACACUAGAAUUCUUGCAGGAGAGAUAUGCUGUCCCGAUGAGAGGCACAACCGGGUGUCUGUCGGCAUCGGUGAUGCCUGCUGUGGCACAAUGCCUUAUGCCACCUCUGGGAGUCAGGUAUGCUGUGCUGGGAGGCUCCAGGAUGGCUACAGACGGCAGUGCUGUGGGGGAGAGAUGGUGAGCCAAGAUUUCAAGUGCUGUGGUGGAGGAGAAGUCGGCAUGGUAUACAGUUACCUCCCAGGAAUGCUGUGUUGUGGGCAGGAUUAUGUGAAUAUGUCAGAUACCAUAUGCUGUUCAGCUUCCAGUGGAGAGUCUAAAGCGCACGUUAGAAAGGAUGACCCCGUGCCAGUGAAAUGCUGCGGCACUGAACUUAUUCCAGAGAGCCAGCGAUGCUGCGGCGGGGUUGGAUAUAAUCCUUUGAAAUAUGUUUGUUCUGAUGAGAUUUCAGCUGGAAUGGCGAUGAAGGAAACCAGCGUAUGUGCGACUGUCUGCCCAGCAACCAUGAAAGUCACAGCACACUGUGGCCGGUGCGACUUCAAUGCCACCACCCAUAUCUGCAGGGUGACGAGAGGGUCUCUCAAUCCCAUAGGGAAGAAAGAAGCAGAAGGACUGUGUUCUGCAGCAGAAGAAAUAGUUUAUUCUGGAGAUGUAAAUACACGCUCUUUCAUAGACACAGACCUCGAGCCCAGUACUAUGUAUGAGUAUAGAAUUUCUGCAUGGAACAGCUAUGGGCAAGGAUUCAGCCAAUCUGUUAGAGCCAGCACAAGAGAAGAUAUACCUGAAGGAGUCGAGGCUCCUAGAUGGGCCAGGACGGGCAAUCAUGAAGAUGUUAUUUUUUUACAGUGGAAGAAGCCCAUGCAGUCAAAUGGUCCCAUUAUUCACUACAUUCUUCUUCGAGAUGGAAGGGAGCUCUUUCGGGGAACAGUGCAGAGUUUCUCUGACACACAGGGAAUUCAGCCACUCCAGGAAUAUUCCUACCAGCUGAAGGCUUGCACAGCUGCUGGCUGUGCUGUGAGUUCCAAGGUAGUCGCUGCUACCACCCAAGGAAUCCUGGAGAGUGUCCCACCACUAAACAUCACAGCCCAGAGCUCAGAGGCUCUGCACCUCAGCUGGAGUGUCCCCAAGAAAACGAAAGAUGCCAUUAAAGAGUACCAGCUCUGGCUGGAUGGGAAAGGGCUCAUCUUCACCGACACAAAUGACAGGAGGCAGCAUACGGUCACAGGUCUCCAGCCAUACACAAACUACAGCUUCAUACUUGCAGCUUGUACAUCUGUCGGAUGCACUUCCAGUGAGCCCUGUGUAGGUCAGACUCUGCAGGCUGCUCCUCAAGGAGUUUGGGUGACACCAAGACACAUUAUCAUCAAUUCUACAACCGUGGAGCUAUAUUGGAAUCCUCCAGAAAGGCCCAACGGCCUCAUUUCUCAAUAUCAGCUGAGGCGUAAUGGAAGCUUGCUUCUCGUGGGGGGCAGAGAUGAUCAGAGUUUCACUGAUAAAAACCUGGAGCCCAACACCAGGUAUGUUUACAAGUUAGAAGCCAGAACUGGCGGUGGUAGUAAUAUGAGUGAAGAUUACGUUGUCCAGAUGCCUGUGUGGACCCCAGAAGACGUCCAUCCCCCAUGCAACAUCACUGUGUUGGGCUCUGAUUCCAUAUUUGUAGCAUGGCCAACACCAGGGAUCCUGCUUCCCCAGAUUCCGGUGGAAUACAGUAUCUUCCUCAGUGGUGGGAGUGUGAUGUUCUUAGCCUUCGCUGUUGGACGCCGUCAGUCUGCACACCUGACAAACCUGGCUCCAUUCACACAGUAUGAAAUACGGAUACAGGCCUGCCAAAAUGCAGGCUGCGGAGUUAGCCCUGGAACAUAUGUCAGAACACUUGAAGCAGCACCGGAGGGUCUAACACCCCCUCUUCUGAAGGCUCUGGGGUCACCUUGCAUAGAGGUUAAGUGGAUGCCACCUACGAGACCUAAUGGAAUCAUCACCAGCUAUACCGUUCACAGGCGUCCUGCUGACACUCAAGAGGAGUCUCUGCUGUUUGUCUGGUCAGAAGGCGCUCUUGAGUUCACUGAUGACACAGAAACCCUGAAGCCUUUUACACUGUACGAGUACCGAGUCAGAGCCUGGAACUCCAAGGGUGUAGUGGACAGCACGUGGUCAUCAGUACAGACCCCGGAAGCCCCACCUCAAGACCUCUCAGCCCCAUGGGCUCAAGCCACCAGUGCUCAUUCAGCCCUGCUAAACUGGACACAGCCAGAGGCCCCCAAUGGCCUUAUCUCCCAGUACCAUGUAAUCUACCAAGAAAGACCAGAUGCAGCAACAGCAGCACCCAGCAGUUCUACUGUGCAUGCUUUCACAGUGAUGGGAACAAGCCAUCAAGCCAAUCUUUUUGGCUUGGAACCAUUCACAACAUACCACAUUGGCGUGGUAGCUGUAAACAGUGCAGGAAAGGUGUCAAGCCCCUGGACCCUGAUUAAGACUUUAGAAUCUGCUCCAAGCGGACUGAUGAACUUUACAGUGGAGCAGAGAGAAAACGGCCAGGCUUUGCUGCUGCAGUGGUCAGAGCCAGUGAGGACCAAUGGCUUGAUCAAGACAUACAACAUCUUCAGCGAUGGGCUCCUGGAGUACUCUGGCCUGGGUCUGCAGUUUCUCUUCAGGCGCCUGGCCCCCUUCACUCUCUAUACCUUGACCCUGGAGGCUUGCACAGCAGCAGGCUGUGCUCACUCAGUGCCCCAACCUGUCUGGACAGAAGCAGCCCCUCCAGAUUCUCAAAUGCCUCCUACCAUCCAGUCUGUGGAGCCCACCAAUGUAAGGCUGCACUGGUCUCAGCCGGCUAACCCCAAUGGGAAGAUAAUUCGUUAUGAAGUGCUCCGCAGACACUUGGCGGGAGAGGACUGGGGGAACACGACGUUGCAGGCGGACGAUGGGAACACUGUUUUCACAGAAUACAACACGGAAGGGAACGGGUGGGUGUGUAAUGACACAGGUCUCGAGCCAUGGAGGCAGUAUGCCUAUAGAGUCUGCACUUGGAAUUCUGCAGGGCACACCUGUAGCUCUUGGAAUGUGGUAAGAACACCGCAAGCACCCCCAGACGGCCUCUCUCCACCAGAAAUAUCCUAUGUGUCUGUGAAUCCCCUCCAACUGCUGAUUUCCUGGUUUCCACCCCAACGCUCUAACGGUGUCAUCCAGUCCUACGAACUUCAAAGAAAUGGAGUAUUCUCCACUGUCAGAUUCAAUGCCAGCACCUUCAGCUACACGGACAGCCAGCUGCUUCCCUCCUCAACGUACAGUUAUGCAAUCCUGGCCUGCACCGGUGGUGGUUGCUGUACCAGUGAUCCUACCAACAUCACAACUCCUGAGGCACCUCCAUCCGGAGUCAGCCCUCCAGUUCUUUGGGCCAUCAGUGCCCACCAGAUAAAUGUCACUUGGUCCCCGCCAUCAAUCCCAAAUGGAAAGAUUGCUAAAUACUUGCUUCGGUGUGAUGGUGAGGAGCACCUGGCUGGGCAGGGCCUGUCCUUUCUGUUCUCUAACCUGCAGCCUUUCACUCAGUACAAUAUCUCCCUUGUGGCCUGCACAAGUGGAGGUUGUACUGCUAGUAGGGCCACAUCCGCCUGGACAAUGGAGGCCCCGCCAGAGAACAUGGACCCACCAACACUGCACGUCACAGGCCCAGAAUCCAUAGAAAUUACAUGGACACCUCCAAGAAACACACAUGGCCAGAUUAGAAGUUAUGAGCUCCGGAGAGAUGGAGCCAUUGUGUAUGUAGGGCUGGAAACUCGAUACCAUGAUUUUACCCUUACUCCAGGUGUCGAAUACGGCUACUCAGUGACUGCCACCAACAGCCAGGGCAGUGUCUUGAGCCCACUUAUCAAGGGUAAAACCAGUCCCUCAGCCCCCUCAGGUUUACAGCCCCCAAAGCUGCAUGUGGGGGAUGCUCUUGAGAUCUUAGUGGAUUGGGACCCUCCAGUGAGGGCAAACGGCAAGGUCAUCAACUAUACUCUCUUCAUCCGUGAGCUGUUGGAAGGAGAAAUCAAAACCAUGUAUGUUAACACAACGCACAGUUCUUUUGACACACGGUCACUCACAGUAAAGCACCUAAAGCCAUUUCACAGGUAUGAAGUACGAGUCCAAGCCUGCACUGCCCUCGGAUGUACCUCCAGCGAGUGGACAUCUACCCAGACUUCAGAGGUCCCACCUCUGAUGCAGCCAGCCCCACAUCUGGAGGUGCAGACAGCUGCAGGAGGAUUCCAGCCUAUAGUAGCUGUGUGGUGGGCAGGGCCACUCCAGCCCAAUGGAAAGAUUAUAUGCUUUGAAUUAUACAGAAGACAAAGAGCAAGCUGGCCUGACGUGUCCAGUCCACUGCUAAUCUACAACGGCAGCUUAAGUUCCUUUAUGGACUCAGAGCUAUUACCAUUCACGGAGUACGAAUACCAGGUAUGGGCGAUGAAUUCUGCAGGCAAAGCAGCAAGUAACUGGACAUGGUGUAGAACUGGACCUGCCCCACCAGAAGGACUCAGAGCACCCAUGUUCCACACUGUCUCCUCCACCCAAGCGGUCGUCAACAUCAGCGCACCUUCGAAGUCCAAUGGGGACAUCAGCCUCUUCCGAGUCUUCUCCAACUCCAGCGGGACAUACAUCACGCUGUCUGAAGGCGUGGCCACCCAGCAGACCCUUCAUGACCUGAGACCCUUCACCACAUACACCAUUGGGGUUGAGGCCUGCACCUGUUUCAACUGCUGCAGCCGAGGACCAACAGCUGAGCUGAAGACACAUCCUGCCCCACCCUCGGGGUUGUCUCCUCCCCAGGUCCAGACACUGGGCUCCAGGAUGGCUUCCUUCCAGUGGACUCACCCUCGACUCCCCAAUGGUGUCAUUCACAGCUAUGAGUUGCAGCUGAACCAGGCUUGCCCUCCUGAUUCAACCCCACGCUGCCGUCCCAGCCACGCAGAGAGGAAGUACUGGGGCCCUGGACACAGAGCCAGCCUGACGGGGCUUCAGCCUAAUACUGCCUACGGGGUGCAAGUGGUAGCCCACAAUGAAGCAGGCAGUACAGCUUCUGGGUGGACCAGCUUCAGCACCAAGAAGGAGAUGCCUCAGUACCAAGCCCUGUUCUCAGUGGACAGCAACACAUCCACAGUGCGGGUGGACUGGAGUGGCACUUUUCUCCUGAAUGGCCAGCUAAAGGAGUAUGUGGUCACCGACGGAGGACGGAGGGUGUACAGCGGCCUAGAUACCACACUCUACAUACCAAGGACAGUGGACAAAACUUUCUUCUUCCAGGUCACCUGCACGACAGACAUUGGAAGUGUAAAGACUCCAUUGGUCCAGUAUGAUGCUGCUACUGGAUUUGGCCUGGUGCUGACAACUCCUGGAGAAAAGAAGGGAGCAGGGAUCAAAAGCACAGAGUUCUACAGUGAGCUGUGGUUCAUCAUGGUAAUGGCCGUGCUGGGCCUGAUCUUGCUGGCCAUUUUUCUGUCCUUGAUUCUACAAAGAAAACUUCACAAGGAGCCAUGUAUCAGAGAGAGACCUCCCUUGGUACCUCUUCAGAAAAGAAUGACCCCCCUGAGUGUCUACCCACCCGGGGAAACCCAUGUGGGAUUAGCCGACACCAGACUCCCUAGGUCUGGGACACCUUUGAGUAUUCGGAGCAGCCAAAGUGUGUCUGUACUACGGAUCCCAAGUCAAAGCCAACUGAGCCACGCCUACUCCCAGGGCUCCCUCCAUCGCAGCGUCAGCCAGCUCAUGGACAUUCCAGACAAGAAGGUGGUGAUGGAGGACUCACUAUGGGAAACUAUUAUGGGCCACAGCAGUGGACUGUAUGUGGAUGAAGAGGAGCUAAUGAACGCCAUCAAGGGUUUCAGCUCCGUGACCAAGGAGCACACCGCCUUUACCGACACCCACCUAUGA